UGUGAAUUUUUUUGUUCUUAAAUCGUCGAUGUUUAGCUGACAAUGAUUUCCAGCACACCCAUCAGCGACCCUGUAACAACAACAACAACAAGAUCAAAUCAAGAGAAAAAAAAAAACAAAAGCAAACCAAAUAAAGGUAAAAUAAGAAGCAGACAAUCGUUUGUCUACGAGGCGCCGAUCAUCCAUCGUUCGUUCUCCCCCACACGUUGGAGUUUAGUCCUCGUGACCCGGUGACCCACCCGCAGGAUUCCACCGGAGAACGUCUUCUGCUCUCGAGACGGCAGCAGCAUCAUCAUCUCCUUAAUCGUAAUUUGUACAAGAUCGCGAGAAAGAUCGUGAUAAUUCGAGUGGUAGUUCAGUUUGUCCACUUUCUUCCUAAUGGAUCGAAAUAGAUUUCUCAAACACUCGAAACUGGUGCUCGUUUUUGUGUGGUGGUGGUGGUUCAGUGUUCAUCGAGAGGUUUUUGGACAACAGAUUCCGAAAACGGCGUUUUCCUGCGAUGGAAGGACAUCCGGAUACUACGCGGAUGUUUCCACUGGAUGUCAGGUCUAUCACAUGUGCGACGGAUUAGGGAGACAAUUCAGCUACAAAUGUCCAAGCAAGACGUUGUUCCAGCAAAGGAUGCUGAUCUGCGAUCACUGGUACAUGGUGAACUGCAGUAAAUCCGAAGAAGAUUACAGUGCCAAUUUACUAAUCGGUCAACAAGGCAAACACUUCGUCGAAGACCUCCAAUUCAGAAGAACCCCAAGACCCGACCUGGUAGACUCCCAAGAUACCGAUACAGCAUAUCGAAAAAUGAUUGGAAACUCCAAAACUACUUUAAAACCCGCUCCCAACUUAGUAGGCGUAGAGGAGGACCAAACGUCGAAAUACUUCCCACCGAGCCACUGGUCCACGGAAAUCGCACCUCAUCCAACAACUCCCGUCUCAAUUAAGAGGCAGGACACUGAUAAGGGCUUUGGCAAGCAAAUAUUUUAUAAGACGAACUAUCCAUCCAGAGGUAGUAAAAAUGCUCAAGAGAGACCUGACAAGGGUGCAACCGUUGCCACAUUACCACAAAGGGAACAAGCCGCAGAUCCACGCUUUGGGUAUGUCAAACAAGUUUUUUACAAGACGACUUACCAGGCCAGGCCUAAAUUGUUCGAUGUGGCCAAUAAGAGGACGAAUUUGAGUUCACCCAACAGAGUUGAUAACUUAGUGGAAACUACCCCAAAACCGGCCACAGAAAAAAAACUUUCACCGGGGGUGAACUUCCCUUCGAACUUCAAGGCCACCACUCCGGUGUAUCCGGAUCAUGUUGACGUUGACCUAUCCAAGUUUACCGACUUCGGAAAUCCAGUGGAGUCGGAAGAAGCGGUACAACCAGAUGCGGUAUCCGUGAACUUUCCCUCAAAAUUCCAAGCCACUACACCGGUGUACCCGCAACGUGUCGAGUUUGAUCCCUCCAAAAGGUCAGAGUUCGAUAUUCCGAUUGAAGAUAAACCGGUUAAUUUUCCAUCAAAUUUCAAAGCCACCACCCCAGUGUAUCCAUUUCACGUGGAAGUAGAUCCGUCAAAGUUAUCAGAGUUCGAUCUCCCGGUAGACAAUGAACAUUCGUUUGCGGUAAAUUUCGCUUCCAAAUUUAAAGCGACCACACCUGUGUACCCCAGUUUUGUGAAAAAAGAGUUGCAAACCAAAUUUUCCGGAUCCGAGGAGGACCUUCCUGAAGAACCGGUCGUCAAUUUUGCCUCGAACUUUAAAGCAACCACCCCAGUUUAUCCCAAGUACGUCGAUCCGAAACUUCAAACAAAGUUCUCGUUUAGUGAAGAUACGCCUGAGGGAGAGUCACAGGAUACGGUGGUUAACUUUGCUUCAAACUUUAAAGCAACCACUCCGGUGUAUCCGACAUUCGUGGACAAAAAGUUUCAAACCAAAUUCAACUUUGACCAAGACCCACCUGGACAAGAAGGACAAUCGCAAGUGAAUUUCGAAUCCAAUUUCAAAGCAACCACCCCGGUUUAUCCGAAAUUCGUCGAUCGUGCGCUACAAACGAAGUUCAACUUCGAAGAAGACUUGCCUACGAACGAAAACAAGACGGUGAACUUUCAGUCUAGUUUCAAAGCCACCACACCGGUUUACCCGAAACAAGUCGAUAUUGAUUUAUCGAAGUUCUCACAGCCCCUCGACUUGCCAGGCAGCAAGUCUAGUUUAGAUUUUAACAAGCAGAGCCCCAGUGCGUUCCAAGUCACGACUCCGGUUUAUCCAGAAACGGACGAAUCAGGACUACUGCCGCCACCUGCACCAGUCAAUUUCCAGUCAAACUUUCAAGCUACGACCCCGGAUUAUCCGAAAAGUGUGGAGCCGACUAGUCCAGAUCCCAAUAGUGUCGGAUUGGUACCACCCCAGUCGAAAGAAACUGAGCAACAACCACUUAGUUUUGACGCGUUCAAACGCAGAAUAGACACCGAAGACGACCACUCGGUCCUGGGCAACACAUUCAGCAGUCGACAGCUCAACGAGUUCAUGAUCACGAUGAAACCGGAACAGCUGAAGAACCUGCGGGACCUCUGGCAUAUUCCAGAGUAUCAGUUUCCGUUGGACUCGAUUAACAGACCGAGUUACGAGGACACUUUCAGUUCGUUCCAAGCCUCGGGCAAGAGUUCCAAAUAGAGAGAGUGUGUGUUUUAAGUGACUAUAAUGACUUCAAGCAAUUGACUCAAGUGUUAAAAGAUCCUUAUCAGUUUUUACGGUGUAUAUAAAAAUGUUGGUACUGCAGUUAAUUUAAUUUAUGCAUUUAAGCUCAAAGACUAACUAUUUUUGAAAGAAAGUUUCUUUUUAGGGUGUUUCAGUUUUAUUGAUAUGUUCUUGAAAUAUUCUUAAAAAAGGGGUACAGUACAUUCAUAUAAAAGCCACUCAGGUACUUUGAAAACUUUUUGAAUUAGAGGCAAUUUUGUCAGCCUAGACAAUAAAAAUGUGAUCGGGAGAAAGGUUUUUUCACUGCAAAAGUGAUUUUGGUAAUCUCCUUUUUUUUUGCAAAUUGUUACAUUUUUUAAAAUAUUUUCGUAAAUAUUUGAGAUUCUUAAAUAAGGGCUUCACUUGAAGAUGUGGCCUUUCAGGGUGAACAUUUUAAGGUAUUAAGGCUUUUUGUACCUCAAAAACUCUUGAAAAUAGAGGCAUUUUUGUAAUGCAGCAAAUUUAGACUUUUUGAAGAAAAACAUUAAAAUUUUACAAUGCACAUUUCUUAUUAUAUCUCCCAUACCACCAAACAUUUUGUAAAAAGUCUUUCACUGCUUUUAAAAGAAAUGUCUGAUGAUGUAUUUGACGUACGAAACGUUGUCAUAUCUAAAAAUUCCAUGACGAAAAAAUUUCACAGUGACUUUAGUAAUGUCUGUUUUUUUUGCAAUUUUUUACAUUUUUUGAAAUAUUUUCGUAAAUAUUUGAGAUUCUUAAAUAAGGGCUUCACUUGAAGAUGUGGUCUCUUAGGGCGAACAUUUUAAGGUAUUAAGCAUUUUUUUACCUCAAAAACUCUUGAAAAUAGAGGCAUUUUUGUAAUGCAGCAAAUUUAGACUUUUGAAGAAAAACAUUAAAAUUUUACAAUUUUAUGCACAUUUCUUAUUAUAUCUCCCAUACCACCAAACAUUUUGUAAAAAAUCUUUUUUCAGUUCAUUUAAAGGAAAUGUCUGAUGAUGUAUUUGACAUACGAAACGUUGUCAUAUCCAAAAAUUUUAUGACAAAAAAAUUCACUUAGCUAAAGUGACUUUAGUAAGGUCAGUUUUUUUUGCAAAAUUUCACAUUUUUUGAGUUAUUUUCGAAAUUAUUUGAGAUUCUUAAAUAAAAGCUUCACUUGAAGAUGUGGCCUCUUAGGAUGAACAUUUUAAGGUAUUAAGCAUUUUUUUACCUCAAAAACUCUUGAAAAUAGAGGCAUUUUUGUAAACCAGCAAAUGUAGACUUUUGAAGAAAAACAUUAAAAUUCUACAAUGUCACGCACAUUUCUUAUUAUAUCUCUCAUACCACCAAACAUUUUGUAAAAAAUCUUUUUUCAGUUCAUUUAAAGGAAAUGUCUGAUGAUGUAUUUGACGUACGAAACGUUGUCAUAUCCAAAAAUUCCAUGACAAAAAAAAUCACUUAGCUAAAGUGACUUUAGUAAGGUCUGUUUUGUUGCCAAAUUUCACAUUUCUUCAGAUAUUUUUAAAAUUAUUUGAGAUUCUUCAAUAAGAGCUUCACUUGAAGAUGUGGCCUCUUAGGGUGAACAUUUUAAGGUAUUAAGCAUUUUUUUGCCUCAAAAACUCUUGAAAAUAGAGGCAUUUUUGUAAUGCAGCAAAUUUAGACUUUUUGAGGAAAAUUAUUAAAAUUUUACAAUAUCACGCACAUUUCUUAUUAUAUCUCUCAUACCACCAAACAUUUUAUAAAAAAUCUUUCAAUCUAUUUAGAAGAAAUGUCUGAUGAUGUAUUUGACGUACGAAACGUUGUCAUAUCCAAAAAUUCCAUGUCAAAAAAAUUCACUUAGCUAAAGGGACUUUAGUAAGGUCUGUUUUUUUGCCAAAUUUCACAUUUCUUCAGAUAUUUUUAAAAUUAUUUGAGAUUCUUCAAUAAGGGCUUCACUCAAAGAUGUGGCUUUUUAGGGUGGACAUUUUAAGGUAUUAAGGCUUUUUGUACCUGAAAAACUCUUGAAAAUAGAGGCAUUUUUGUAAACCAGCAAAUUUGGACUUCUCUGUCUUUUUUCGCUAAAUUUGAAGCUUUUAAAUACGAGCUUCACUCAAAAAUGUAACUUAUUGGCACCCAAUAUGUGUACUAAAAUACAUAAAACAAAAUACUAAAUUAUUCCACUUGUGACUAUUAUUUGCUGUUUAUUUUUUGAAAAUUUCCUCCGAUAUCUACGAAACCUUUGUCCUGAACAUUGGGGCUCUAAAACUGUUACACCAUAAAUCCAAACGCGUGUGAAAGGUUCGAAUGAAACCGUAUAAUAGUAAUUAAGUUCCUGCUAAAUCGAGCAUGUAUAUACGUAUGUUAUUAUAUCUAUAACAAAUAGCAUAUAAUAAUUGUUAAAUUUCGUGUAUGCAGCAACUAGGUUUUAACGAACAGAAUAACUAGGAGUAAGCAAAUUUUGUAGAUAUCACCAUAAUAAAUGCUCAUGUUUAUAGA